AUGCAUCCAAAGAAGGAAACCAUAGCUGAUAGAAGGAGAGAUGUCCUGAGCCUGCUUUUACUCAGCGAGGGCGCGACUAUGAGGACGUUAUGGCGCUAUCUUCGGGCUUACCGUCUCCUCCUCAGCUGGAUGCUGUCGCUCGCUUAUGUGGGCUUCGGAGCAUUGGCUGUCGAUCCUUCGCAAUGCAUUGCUCCACUGGGGAUGGAGAAUGGACAGAUAAAAGACUCGGAUUUGUCAGCCAGUUCUUCCUUUGACAGUGGAAACGUCGGACCACAACAUGGAAGGUAA